CCUCUGCCCUCUCUUCCAUCUCUCUCCUCUCUUUUCCUCUGCUCUCUCUUUCCCUCUCUCUCUGUCAUCUCUCUCUCUCUCUCCUCUGCCCCCUCUUUCCCUCUCCCUCUCUAACCAUGUGAUUUACAUGUUUGACAAUGUUCGAUCAUGUCCCUCAGUUCCGGUUGCUAGGGAGGGAAGACAGUCCUAGGCAACGUUGUCCUCAAACCUCCAACAGCCGAGACUUGAGAAACAGGAUACAGUAGUUUUAACAAUCAGAGGCGACCGUGAAGUGGACCGAGUGACCGCGCGCAACCGAUAGUUUUCAUAGUAGCCAAUAGAAAAUUCUCCAUCUUGUAAACAGACGACGGUCUAGUGACUUUGAGCAACAAGAUGACAACAUUAACGAAUGCCGAAAAUGCAAUAAGUGCACAACCGUUGUCAUCAAAGCGCGAGUGAGUGAGAACCAAAGUGGACUUCGCUUUGCUUUUUCACUUUGCCGUUGGCCAGGUCAACACAUCACCAUCAUCACACCGCUGCGUAGCUGUCUGCGCGUCGCGCCGGGCUCCGAGUUGCUCUCUCGACGGACCAACCGGACAAUCAUCACGGAAAAGGACAUUCAGCGUAAACCAGACCGUCUCCAUGCGGACCGAAAACUGCGUCCUCACAUCAUCGGAUCCAUGGAACAGGUGACACUGACAUCUGCUCCGUCUGCUGGGCAGAAUUCAAGCUGAUCUGGGAUGAAAUGUCCGGGAGCCUGCGGUUAUCGUCUGUCACACAGGGCAGAGAACACAUCUACUGAACACCUCCAUGGAGUAAAGUAGCCGACAGAAGCGGACAGCAUCCGAAUGAACGUAGGAUACCCAAAUGGCGAGUCUGCAUCUGUUGGAAGUUUGUGGAGCCAUUUUAUCUGUUCUGGGAAGACAUUUAUAGUCUUAUUUGCAUUGGUCGACUGCUCUGUCUGACUCCAAACAGACACAAAGGGACUAUUUUUAUCAUAAAAAUUCAGCUUUAUAUUGUUGAGUUAAUUGAUUGUUGUUAUCACCACUACUUUAAUCAAUACUCAGCUGCUUUUGGUUGUUGAUAAUAAUCAAAUAAUCAAUUACAAAUCCAUCAAUAUUAUUGUAAUGUAUAGAUGUCAGUUGACAUCUCAUGUAAUGUGUGGUGGUCAGGCAGUGACACUCUUAGUAUUAUGUGCUGCUCUGUGGCUGCUGAGCUAGCAGAGAGUAGUCAGGGGCCUAUUAGCAGAGAGUAGUCAGGGGCCUAUUAGCAGAGAGUAGUCAGGGGCCUAUUAGCAGAGAGUAGUCAGGGGCCUAUUAGCAGAGAGUAGUCAGGGGCCUAUUAGCAGAGAGUAGUCAGGGGCCUAUUAGCAGAGAGUAGUCACUAGCCUAUUAGCAGAGAGUAGUCAGGGGCCUAUUAGCAGAGAGUAGUCAGGGGCCUAUUAGCAGAGAGUAGUCAGGGGCCUAUUAGCAGAGAGUAGUCAGGGGCCUAUUAGCAGAGAGUAGUCAGGGGCCUAUUAGCAGAGAGUAGUCAGGGGCCUAUUAGCAGAGAGUAGUCACUGGCCUAUUAGCAGAGAGUAGUCAGGGGCCUAUUAGCAGAGGGUAAUCACUGGCCUAUUAGCAGGGAGUAAUCACUGGCCUAUUAGCAGGGAGUAAUCACUGGCCUAUUAGCAGAGAGUUAUCACUGGCCUAUUAGCAGAGAGUUAUCACUGGCCUAUUAGCAGAGAGUAAUCACUGGCCUAUUAGCAGAGGGUAAUCACUGGCCUAUUAGCAGAGAGGAAUCAGGGGCCUAUUAGCAGAGAGUUAUCACUGGCCUAUUAGCAGAGAGUUAUCACUGGCCUAUUAGCAGAGAGUAAUCAGGGGCAUAUUAGCAGAGAGUAUUCACUGGCCUAUUAGUAGAGAGGAAUCAGAGGCCUAUUAGCAGAGAGGAAUCAGAGGCCUAUUAGCAGAGAGUUAUCACUGGCCUAUUAGCAGAGAGGAAACAUGGGCCUAUUAGCAGAGAGGAAUCAGAGGCCUAUUAGCAGAGAGUUAUCACUGGCCUAUUAGCAGAGCGUAAUCACUGGCCUAUUAGCAGAGAGGAAUCAGGGGCCUAUUAGCAGGGAGUAAUCAGGGGCCUAUUAGCAGAGCGUUAUCACUGGCCUAUUAGCAGAGAGUAAUCAGGGGCCUAUUAGCAGAGAGCAAUCGGGCCUAUUAGCAGAGAGAAAUCAGGGACCUAUUAGCAGAGAUUAUUCACUGGUCUAUUAGCAGAGAGUCAUCACUGGCCUAUUAGCAGAGAGUUAUCACUGGCCUAUUAGCAGAGAGGAAUCACUGGCCUAUUAAGGAACACAAUGCCCCCUGUUGCUGCGGGUCCUGCCACUGGCUCCUUUCUCCACCAGUUCAGAGUAGUAGCCUCCGACCGAGCUGACCAGCACCAGCCGUUCAGAGUAGGAGCCUCCAACUGGGUUGACCAGUCUCAGAACCAGCAACAGUCUCAGUCACAGCCAGUCCAGCCCCAACCAGUCCAGCCCCAACCAGACCAGCCCCAACCAGACCAUCUUCAAACCCAUUCUCAGUUCAGAUUCAGAGCAACAGUCCAUGGUCAUACAGGUGUAGAGCCUCAGAACCGGCCUCAGACCCAGGCCCCAGAUACAGCCUCGCACACGUCCUCAGACACUGUCCCAUCCUGACCAGCCUCUCUGCUAGUCUCAGCUCCAGUCUCAGCUCCAGCCUCAGCUCCAGUCUCAGCUCCAGCCUCAGCCCCAGACAGUGUUGGAGCCCCAGCCUCAGCCCCAGACAGUGUUGGAGCCCCAGCCUCAGCCCCAGACAGCGUUGGAGCCCCAGCCUCAGCCCCAGACAGCGUUGGAGCCCCAGUCUCAGCCCCAGACAGCGUUGGAGCCCCAGCCUCAGCCCCAGACAGUGUUGGAGCCCUAGCCUCAGCCCCAGACAGUGUUGGAGCCCCAGUCUCAGCCCCAACCCCAUUUUAAGACGAGGCUUCAGCCUCAUCCCCUGAUUCCAUCCUGACUCAGCCAGUAUCCAACGGCAGGCUGUCGGGCCACGGGCGUAGCAACGGGCGUAGCAACGGGCACGGUAUGGGCAACUCCUCCAGGAAGGAGGAGGACGAGGAAGAGAAGGACAAAGGGAAGGAUAAGGAUGGGGAGAAGGCGAAGGUAAUGGAGGAGGAGAAGAGGAGGAGGAGGAAGAAGAAGAUGAAGGAGGAGAUGGAAGACGACGAGCUGCCCCUAGGGGUGGAGGAGAUGCUGGCAAGCGGAGAUCCCGUCUUGGAUCUGAGCUAUAAAAAGUUCCGCAGGUUGCCCGGUGUGGUCUGUGGGCUACGUCACCUGGAGAAGCUGUAUGUGUGUCGUAACAGCCUGCGAACCCUCCCGGAGAACAUCGUCCAACUAAAGGGCCUCCGCAUCCUGGCUCUAGACUUUAACAAGAUGGAGAACGUCCCGUUGGCCAUCUGCCAGCUCCGUAACCUGACGCGUCUCUACCUGGGCUCUAACCGCCUGAUGUCUCUCCCUCCAGAACUACGUAACCUUCAGAGUCUCCGCUGCCUCUGGAUGGAGAGCAACUAUUUCACACGCUUUCCCCGUCAGCUCUAUGACUUACCCCACCUCAGGUCCCUCCAGAUGGGGGACAACAGGCUGCGGACUCUGCCCCCGGACCUGUGGCGCAUGGAGGCCCUGCGGGGACUGUGGCUCUACGGGAACCGUUUCACAGAGUUCCCCCGUGUCUUACUCCGCAUGGUGGAUCUGGAGAUCUUAGACCUGGACAAGAACAAGAUUGAGGUGUUCCCUAACCUGAGCCGGCUCCCCGCCCUCCGCCUCUUCUCCUACGACCACAACCCAGUGGAGGGGCCUCCUGGUGUCGGGGAAGAGGUGCUGCUGGUUGGAGAGGGGGCCCAGGAGGAACUGCAGGACCGAGUGGACAGGAAGGCUAAGAAGGAGCAGGAGGCGAGGGACGCGGAGGAGGCUGCGCUGGCCGGGGAUGGGCCUGUGAUCCAGGGCAUUCUAAAGACAGCCAAACAGAACAUUGCGUCGCACGCCGGGCACAAGCAUCACGAGGUGAUAACGGCGGCGAUGCCCCUGACCGAGGAGGAGAGGAGGAAGAAGGAGAUGGAGGCGGAGUUAGAGAAGGCGUUGAACGACUACGGGGCGGGGCUUGAGUACGACUUGGAGGGGAUAGAAUACGAGAAGGAGGAGUUUAUAUGUGAGGGGGAGGGGUAUGAUGGCGGGGAGUUGGAGUACGAACGAGGAGAUAUAGACUAUGAGUAUGAUGAGGGGGAGGAGCUAGAGGAACCAGGAAGACAAGUGGGCAGGUAUUGAUGACUGACUAACUUCUCCUCCUCCUCCUCCAAAGCCUCUGACUCCUCCCCUCCAAAGCCUCUGACUCCUCCCCUCCAAAGCCUCUGACUCCUCCCCUCCUAUGUCUAGACUUGUUUGACAUUGCAGCAGACAUUGCAGGUGACUGACUGAUCUACAAGUCACCUUGCAAAAUAAAUCACUACUUAGAAUUAUUUGUAGAUCAGUCAGUCAGUCACAAUUUACCCACAAUCCAUCACAGAUGUGAUGCUCUCGGACACAGCCUCUGACUACUGCAACACUCUCAGGGCUAUAGGAGGUGAUGUGAAAAAAACACCCAGGAAUUAUCUAGCAAGGUUAUCAAAAUAGUUUUCUUCUGCCUUUCUUGGCUCCAGCUGUCAUAACGAUUCCCAACUAGAGGGUUGUUUAACUUUUAGUACAUCUUGUGUGAAAUUAAUUAAUGAAUUAAGGACUAGCCUCCUGAACCUGUGGCUGUGAUAUGUGACUUUCUCUUUCUCUCUGUAGUUAGCAUUAGGACAGGGCUGACACUAAAUGACUAAACUCAUCAGAUGUUUUUCUAACUGACCUGUGAAUAUAUAUUAAUGCACUGCACAUUGUGGGGAUGAAGGCUGGAUGGAUGAAGGAUGGAUGGAUGAAGGCUGGAUGGUUGAAGGCUGGAUGGAUGAAGGCUGGAUGGAUGACUGGCUGGAUGGAUGAAGGCUGGAUGGAUGAAGGCUGGAUGGAUGAAGGCUGGAUGGAUGAAGGCUGGAUGGAUGACUGGCUGGAUGAAGGCUGGAUGGAUGAAGGCUGGAUGGAUGAAGGCUGGAUGGAUGACUGGCUGGAUGAAGGCUGGAUGGAUGACUGGCUGGAUGGAUGAAGGCUGGAUGGAUGACUGGCUGGAAGGAUGAAGGCUGGAUGGAUGACUGGCUGGAUGGAUGGAGGCUGGAUGGAUGAAGGCUGGAUGGAUGACUGGCUGGAAGGAUGAAGGCUGGAUGGAUGACUGGCUGGAUGGAUGAAGGCUGGAUGGAUGACUGGCUGGAUGGAUGACUGGCUGGAAGGAUGAAGGCUGGAUGGAUGACUGGCUGGAUGGACUAUGGCUGGAAGGCUGGCUGGAUUGAUGGACUAUGGCUGGAUGGCUGGCUGGAUUGAUGGACUAUGGCUGGAUGGCUGGAAGGCUGGCUGGAUUGAUGGAUGAUGGAUGGAUGAAUGAUGGCUGGAUGAUGGAUGGAGGGAUGAUGGAUAGAUGGAUGGAUGAUAGAUGGAUGGAUGAUGGAUAGAUGGAUGGAGGAUGGAUAGAUGGAUGGAGGAUGGAUAGAUGGAAGGAUGAUAGAUGGAUGGAUGGAUGGAUGAUGGAUAGAUGGAUGGAGGAUGGAUAGAUGGAUGGAGGAUGGAUAGAUGGAAGGAUGAUAGAUGGAUGGCUGGAUGGAUGAUGGAUAGAUGGAAGGAUGAUAGAUGGAUGGAUGGAUGGAUGAUGGAUGGAUGGCUGGAGGAUGGAUAGAUGGAUGAUGAUGGAUGAUGGAUAGAUGGAUGAUGGAUGGCUGGAUGAUGGAUGAUGGAUGGAUGAUGGAUGGCUGGAUGAUGGAUGAUGGAUAGAUAGAUGGAUGAUGGAUGGCUGAAUGAUGGAUAGAUGGAUGGAUGAUGGAUGGCUGGAUGAUGGAUAGAUGGCUGGAUGAUGGAUGAUGGAUGACAGAUAGAUGGAUGACAGAUAGAUGGCUGGAUGAUGGAUGAUGGAUGACGGAUAGAUGGAUGACAGAUAGAUGGCUGGAUGAUGGAUGAUGGAUGAUUGGCUGGCAGCGGCAUCUUUGCCAACUCUGCAAAGUGGCAGGACUCAGGCGAUGCUGUGUGUGUGUGUGUGUGUGCGUGCUAGGAGUGUGUAUCUGAAUGCGGACAUGUAAGUGUGUGUCUACUUGUGUGCGUGUGUGAACGCGUACACAAUUGAAUGUGUGUGUGUGUGUGUGUUUUGAAGGGGGGGUGAACCUAUUACCUUGUAAUGUGAUACAGUCUGUUUUGUCAAUUCCGUUAUGUGUGCAAAGGAAACCUGCUCUUGCCUCAUUAAAUAAUGAUUGAGUUUA